GGCGGAGUGGGCGGAGCCUGAGCUCCAAGGCGGACCAAACUUCCUGUUACGUCACACUGCUCUGAUCGGAGCAGCGCUGUCAGUCCACGGGGCGUCGGGCUGAUCACCUACACUGGGACUAGAGCGGACUCUGCUCUGGAGAAAGUGAGCUUGGCUCGGUCGGGGUCUGUCUCCGGGAUUAAAGUGAACUCCAGUCUGACCGCUUUCGUCGAAACUGCCAGCGGAGCCGAGCUGAAUGCGGUGCGAGGCUAAGAUGAUGCCGAUGUUCUUGACUGUGUACCUCAGUAACAAUGACCAGCAUUUCACUGAGGUCCCCGUUACCCCGGAGACGCUGUGUCGGGAUGUGGUGGAGUUGUGCAAGGAGCCGGGGGAGACGGAUUGCCAUCUAUCUGAAAUGUGGCGUGGAUCUGAGAGAGCUGUAGGUGAAGGUGAAAGGAUGUUGGAUGUGCUCCAAAGAUGGGGACAGCACAGGUCAGAAGUGCGCUUCUUUCUGCGUCACAACCGAGCACCUAGCAGGGAAUCUGGAGGAUCAAGAGGCUCUGAUUCAAAAAGAAAUGGGGUGAGGGGUCCCCAAGACAGAAGAAUGGAGAAUGGGGUGGCAACGCCUCGAAUGGACAUGACUUUGUCUGAGCUGCAAGAGAUGGCUGCCAGACAGCAGCAACAGAUAGAAGCUCAACAACAACUUCUUGCUUCUAAGGAGCAGCGGCUGCGCUACUUAAAGCAGCAAGAGCAGCGUCAGCAGCAGCAGGUGUCUGAGCAGGAAAAGCUCCAGCGCCUCAAAGACAACGUUGAGAAUCAGGAGGCUCGUCUCAAGAAGGUCAGAGCCCUCAAGGGCCAGGUGGAGCAGAAACGUCUCAGCAAUGGCAAAUUAGUGGAGGAAAUAGAGCAAAUGAAUAACCUAUUCCAGCAGAAGCAGAGAGAGCUAGUUAUGGCUGCAUCCAAGGUGGAAGACCUUAGUCGACAGCUGGAGUUGCUUAAAAAUGGCAAAAUGGACAAUUUCCAUGACAACCAAAGCUCAGUAGCUGAACUGGACUGCCUCUACAAGGAGCUGCAGCUGAGGAAUAGGCUCAACCAAGAUCAAAACUCUAAGUUGCUACAACAAAGGGAUAACCUGAACAAGCGCAAUCUGGAGGUGGCAGCAAUGGAUAAACGGAUCAGUGAGCUCCGAGAUCGGCUCUGGAAGAAAAAGGCCGCGCUUCAACAAAAAGAGAACUUGCCUAAUGGCUAUCCUGGCAAAGAGAGGGCUUCAAAAGACACUCAAAUUCAGGUGCCCUCUGAUGGCCAAGCUGGACAGCAGUCGGGUGCAUCUCGUGUGGCAGCAGUCGGCCCGUAUAUCCAGUCAUCCACCAUGCCCCGGGGUCCAGUAAAACACGAGUUGCUUGUAAAACCGGCUUACCCAGAUGGCACUGCCACCCUACCAGCCCACGAGCCACAGAGCAAGGCCAGGACAGGCUUUCAACCUGGGAAACCAGCAGACUGGAGUUCUUCAGGUCCAGAUUCAAAUACCAACAGUCACGGUUCAUCUUCAACACUACCACGAAUGACCUCUCACUCCAGCUCUAACAAAGAACAAGAUGAGUCAGCGGUGAAGAGAGACGGUAAGGUGCGUCCGUUCUCUAUGUUUGAGCCAACAGAGGCUCCUGCUCCUUUCCUCCGUAAAAACCAGAGCAGCGAUGACCUGGUCAGGGAUGCUCAGUCUGCUCCCAAGGCUCCAGUCAAGGUGCCCCCUCCUGUCCCAAGUAAACCAAAAGGCCCUGGUGUAAUGCCAUAUAGCAAACCAGGCCUCAACACGGGCACCUUCCCUAAAGCCAAGCCCCAAAACCAGCAGCCCCAGGCUGCCCAGGGACACGGCACUCUCCCCCCCACACAGAGCCAGACACUCCCGCUACCUUCCAAGCAAGAAACUCCACCUGCAGCUACGGUCCGACCCUUUACCCCGGAGCUCCCAUCCUCCAAAGACGCCAACCUAAGUAAGCCACAAACCGUGGCAGCCAGCUCCAUUUACUCCAUGUAUACGAAGCAGUCUGGUAUCCAGAGUGCUCUCAACAGGACUCAGAGCCGCGGCAAUGGAUUUGUCAGUGUGUACGGCAAACCAGUGAUCUCAAGUGGAGGCCUUCAUCCAGAAAACCCAUACCUAGAGCAACGCUUCCCUGGCCUAGAAACUGAAGGAGACAACAGUGGAGCGUACAAUGUGGGACCCAGUUCUUCUGAGGGCCCUCAGCCAGAAACUGAGCGCACCCCACGGCCCCUCAGCCCCACCAAGCUGCUUCCCUUCAUUUCUAACCCUUACAGAAACCAGAGUGACGGUGACCUGAAACCCCUGAUAAAGAAGCUUUACAAUGCCCCAAGGCCUCUAAAGAAACGCAGCUCUAUCACUGAACCAGAGGGUCCUUCUGGACCCAACAUUCAGAAACUUCUCUAUCAGAAAACCACACUUGCAGCUAUGGAGACCACUGUAACCACACCAACCCCUCCCAUAUUUGCAGAUCCAUCCCUUGCAGAAAAGGGAGGGGAUGGAUCUGUGGGGCUGUAUGGUCCGAGUCCCCCGAGUGGUGCAGAAAACUCCUCAGAGAUGGGACAAGCUGUCAAGGAGGGACCGUUCCCAUCUCACUUUGCAGGUGCCAGUGUCCCAGUUCCAACCACGACGGCCCAGAGUAUUCCAGAGAGUGAGGACAUCAACCCUCCUCCUCCACCAUCCCACCCAGCCCCCAGGCCCGAUGACGCUCUCUUCCCCCCACCACCCCCAACUGGCUUGGAGGAUCAGAUACCCAACCUGCCCCCUCCACCACCUGAAGGCUUCUUGGAAGAGUUCCCACCCUACCCUCCACCUCCAUACCCUAGUGGGGCAGAACAGGACAGCUUGGGAGAGGACACCUUUAACAUGAAGGCACCUGAAGUCACUGGACAGGUCACCCUACCACCGGGAAAGAGAACCAAUUUGCGCAAGCCUGGCUCUGAACGGAUUGAACACAACAUGAGAGUGAAGUUCAACCCGCUGGCUCUGCUGCUGGACUCUUCACUGGAAGGAGAGUUUGACCUGGUCCAGAGAAUCAUCUAUGAAGUAGAGGAUCCUAGUCAGCCAAAUGAUGAAGGCAUAACUGCUCUACAUAACGCCGUCUGUGCCGGACACACAGAGAUUGUCAACUUUCUGGUUCAGUUUGGUGUCAACGUUAAUGCCGCUGACAGUGACGGCUGGACACCCCUUCAUUGUGCUGCAUCCUGCAAUAAUGUGCAAGUGUGCAAGUUUCUGGUAGAGAAGGGUGCAGCCGUCUUUGCUAUGACCUACAGCGAUAAGCAAACGGCGGCUGAUAAAUGUGAAGAGAUGGAUGACGGCUAUGCCCAGUGCUCCCAGUUUCUUUAUGGGGUACAAGAAAAGAUGGGCAUCAUGAACAAGGGCUUGGUCUACGCUCUGUGGGACUACGCUGGGGAAAACUCUGACGAGCUUUCUUUCCGUGAGGGAGAUUGCAUGACCAUCGUCCGCAGAGAAGACGAAGAUGAGAUUGACUGGUGGUGGGCACGCCUGGGUGAUGCCGAGGGUUACAUUCCCCGCAACCUUCUAGGGCUCUACCCCAGAGUGAAACCAAGACAAAGAACCCUGGCUUAGAACAAGAUCUCUGAACAUUUCUUGUCUGGCAGAAGUCUGCAAUACACACACAGGCUUUAAGAGACUGGAGGACAAAAAGGACACUGCCAAAAUGAAGACACAAGAACAGACCAAACACAAUAUGAAGGAGCAAUAACUUCUGGCACUUUUCUGUAUCUACAGAGGGAAUCUCCCUCCCAUAUUUUUUUCAGAACAUGCUGUUAUUUGUUUGUUUUAUCAUCUAAAAGGAUCAGAAAUAUCAGACACAUGAUGACAUGUAAAUGAAACAGGCAGCAUUUCCGUCUUUAGAAGUGAUUUUUACACUUCAGUCUUUUUUUUAAAACUGAUUUGUCUGCUAUUUUCUAAGAUGAUUGGAUCCAUAUGCUGCAUGAGGUCAAUCAUCAGACAACGAAGACUUUUUUAAAUGCUCUGUUACGAUGACAAUCUUGGAUGGCUUGUUUUUGUUAUCAGAGUGGCUGCACCUUUUUGUAAAAACUGCCUUGGAGGUGCAGAGUUUUGACCGCUACUGUGCCGGGUAGGCCGAUUGAAAAUGAAAUGAUUAGUGGGGUAAUCAGUUAUGAUUGUUCUCAUGCAGUUCCUUCUGUGGUCAAUGAUGCCCAAGGAAGCCAGUCAGCUUUCAGGCACUGGCGUGUGGUUGAGAUGCCAUAGACUAUAUGUAUGUACGUCUGUCACUAAAAACGAAUUAAAUGUAGCCUUAGGAAAUAUAUACGGUAGUUACGGAAACGAAUGUUCCAAACCCUUAGGGACUCUUUAUUUUUUCCGUCUGUUUAAUAGCAAUCAUUCCAUGAAGGGUACACUAAUGUAACGUAAGAGGGCCAAUGGGCUCUGAGUUUUUCUCGUAAACACCAAGUUUCGUCGAUAUGUGAAAUGAAAAUGUUUUAGCUCAUGUCCUAAAAGCAUAAAUAUGUAUCAAAAUAAGAUCCCAAAACACAGCUUAUCUCAUAUCCGUUGGUACAGAUGUAUUUAUUUUUGUUACCAUUUUCUUUAGCUCUUGUCAGAAUUACGACCAUAAGUGUACUGUAGUGUUUUAAACAUUUGUAAUAAAAUACUUUGUACUAUA